AGGGUGUGUGUGAGGGUGUGUGUGAGGGGGUGGGGGUGGGGGUGAGGUAAGAUGGCGGAGGCGGGGAAGGGGGUGAGCGCGGGUUUCAUCGCCAAAAACAUGCAGAAGAAGAUCAACCGCGCGCAGGAAAAGGUCCUUCAGAAGCUGGGCAAGGCGGACGAGACGAAAGAUGAACAGUUUGAGCACUGUGUUCAGAACUUCAACAAACAGCUGACUGAAGGAUCCAAGCUCCAGAAAGAUCUGCGGACCUACUUGACUGCUGUGAAAGCUAUGCACGAAGCCACAAAGAAACUAUCCGAAGUCCUGGAGGAGAUCUAUGAGCCGGAGUGGAUUGGGAGAGGCGACGUAGCGUCUAUCGCAGAGAACUGUGACCUCCUUUGGACAGAUUACCACCAGAAGCUGGUGGAUCAAGCCCUCCUGACUCUGGACACUUACCUGGGCCAAUUCCCGGAUAUCAAGACCCGUAUUGCUAAACGUGGCAGGAAGCUGGUGGAUUACGACAGUGCAAGGCACCAUUAUGAGUCCCUCCAAAGCUCAAAAAAGAAAGAUGACGUCAAGAUAGCGAAGCCUGUCUCGCUGCUUGAGAAAGCUGCGCCUCAGUGGUGCCAGGGAAAACUUGUGGCUCAUAUCGUUGCACAAUCCAACCUGCUCCGAAACCAGGCAGAAGAGGAGUUUUUAAAAGCCCAGAAAGUAUUUGAAGAAAUUAACAUCGACUUGCAAGAGGAGCUGCCCUCCCUGUGGAACAGUCGUGUGGGCUUUUACGUGAACACAUUCCAAAGCAUAGCCGGACUGGAAGAGAAUUUUCACAAAGAAAUGGGCAAGCUCAACCAGAAUCUCAAUGGUGUAAUGCUGCAACUUGAACAUCAACACAGUGGCAAGCCUCUGCCUGUCAAAGCAAUAAGUGGCCCUGAGAAGUCGGUGACCCCAACGGUGGAAGAGUCUCCUCCAACGAGUCCAGAGGUGAAACAGACUAACCACGUGCUGGCUGUGUGUCCUCCCGCCCAGCAAGUCCCUCCUGUCCCCAAGUCACCAACACAGAAUAGGAAGGGGCCUCCUGUUCCUCCCCCACCCAAGAGCACACCAUCCAAGGAGGUCAAGCAAGAAAAUAUCCUCAAUCUGUUUGACGACAAUUUUAUCCCCGAGAUAAGUGUGACCACACCAUCGAAGUUUGAGGCUGUUGGGCCUCUAGCGGAUGAAGGAAGUCUAUUGGACCUGAAUUUUGACCCUUUGAAGCCAGGGGCCAAUACAGCGGGAAUACCUUCAUCAGCCUCUCAGUCCUUACCUUGGGACAUGUGGGAGGGCUCCACCUCUUUGGAUCAAAACCUUAACACCAAUUUGGGAGAUAGUUCUUGCGAGAUGGGCUUUACGCCAGACUGGUCUGUACAAUUCAGCCAGCCCGCGGAGGCUGAGUGUGAUCCUGUCGUACCAGCGGCAGAAGGACCGGUGAGCAGCGAAGCGGUAGAGAAGGAAGGUGCAGUUGGAGACGGAGCCAGAGGAACUGCUCCCAAGUCGCAGGAGUCUUUGCCGGCCGUGGUGAGCGAUACGCUUCAGGGCGCUGCCAACGGAGCUGUGUACGACACCGUUCCUUCUGAGCCCAGUGACUUCCCUCCUGGGUUUCAGUUCAAGGUCCGAGCUCUGCACGACUAUAAUUCCACAGACACCGAUGAGCUGAACCUCAAAAUGGGCGACUUGGUUUACGUAGUUUCGUACGAAAACCCAGACGAGCAGGAUGACGGCUGGCUGAUGGGAAUCCGGCAGGUCGACUGGAACCAGGACAAAGACCUCAAAUCUCUUCGGGGAGUUUUCCCAGAGAACUUCACGGAACGAGUGCAGUAAUCCGGCAAGCGAUCGACCGGGUGGUGGUGUGCGUGCGCGCGUGGGCGGGGGGGGGUGGAGGGAAGAGAGAGAAGGGAGAUUUGGAGGAACUGAAACCUAUGGGGUGAAAAUCUCCCCAACAUACAACCCCUCCCCUCCCCGCCCCCUGCCCCAAUGUAGAAUCUUGCCAACACUGUACAUCUGAGGCCCGGCCAGUCCCACGUAUACUGACAUAGGGACAUAUUGAGUUUAAGACACAAAAGCUGACACGCCCGCCUUUCGGAUCGUUCAGCGAGAGGUUUAAGCCCGGUUACACGUGUGUGUGCCCCUCUGCGAAAGUACAACCGGGCUCCUUUUUAAAACAAAAAAAAAACCCACAUGUAACGAAACAAAUGUGAUCUUCUCUGCAAUUUUACUCUUUCUUCGCAUUGUCUGCAUGAAAAUCCUAUUGUGGCAAUUUCAGGAUAAACGACUAGAUUAUUAUAAGGUAUUACGUGGUCUGAA